AAACCCCUGCCCCGCCGAUCGCAUCGCCAUCUCCAGCAGACGUCCCGAUCCCCGAUCUGCUUCUCAUCUCAUCAAACCCUCCGUCCGGUCUCAGCUUCCCCCAUGGCUCCCAUCAAGAUCGGCAUCAACGGUUUCGGCCGUAUCGGCAGGCUCGUGGCCAGGGUUGCGCUCCAGUGCCCCGAUGUCGAGCUCGUCGCCGUCAACGACCCCUUCAUCACCACCGACUACAUGACCUACAUGUUCAAGUACGACACCGUUCACGGACAGUGGAAGCACCACGAGGUUAAGGUCAAGGACGCCAAGACCCUCCUCUUCGGCGAGAAGGAGGUUGCUGUCUUUGGCUGCAGGAACCCUGAGGAGAUCCCAUGGGCUAGCGCUGGUGCUGACUACGUUGUUGAGUCCACUGGUGUUUUCACUGACAAGGACAAGGCUGCAGCUCACAUCAAGGGUGGUGCCAAGAGGGUCAUCAUUUCUGCUCCCAGCAAGGACGCUCCCAUGUUCGUCAUGGGUGUCAACGAGAAGGAGUACACCUCUGACAUCACCAUUGUCUCCAACGCUAGCUGCACCACUAACUGCCUUGCUCCUCUUGCUAAGGUUAUCAAUGACAAGUUUGGCAUCGUUGAGGGUUUGAUGACCACUGUUCACGCCAUGACCGCUACCCAGAAGACUGUUGAUGGUCCCUCAAGCAAGGACUGGAGAGGUGGAAGGGCUGCUAGCUUCAACAUCAUUCCCAGCAGCACUGGAGCUGCCAAGGCUGUUGGCAAGGUGCUCCCAGUCCUCAACGGAAAGUUGACAGGAAUGGCCUUCCGUGUCCCAACUGUUGACGUUUCUGUUGUUGAUCUGACCGUUAGACUUGAGAAGGCUGCCACCUAUGACCAGAUCAAGGCUGCGAUCAAGGAGGAGUCUGAGGGUAAGCUCAAGGGCAUUUUGGGCUACGUCGAUGAGGACCUUGUUUCCACCGACUUCCAGGGUGACAGCAGGUCCAGCAUCUUCGAUGCCAAGGCUGGGAUUGCUCUGAACGACAACUUCGUCAAGCUUGUGUCCUGGUACGACAACGAGUGGGGAUACAGCACCCGUGUGGUCGACCUGAUCCGUCACAUCCACAGCACCGCCUAAGUGAUCUAAGGAGCUAAGGCCUGAAGAUACAGGGGAGUUGUGGUUUGCCCCAGAGAAAAGAGUGUAGAACUCUUGUUGCGAAUAAAUUUUUGUAUGGAAUUAUGUCAGUUAAAACAUUUGGUUGGAUGUAACCCUGAUGGUUGGUUGGGUCAGUUAUGGCCCGCAUUUUGGCAGUAUUAAGUACUUGCUUAACCUAA